AUGGAGGAGGUUCGUCAGGCAGCUCUCCCGCUGCCAUCUGGCGGUGCCCCUGGCCCCAACGGAUUCGGUGGUUCUUUCUUCAAAGGUUGCUGGCAGAUCGUAUGUGCUGAUAUUCUUGAAGCUACAACUUUCCUAUUUAAAGGGGGGGAUCUUCCGAGAGCGUUCACCUCUACCUUGAUGUGCCUCAUCCUGAAGUCCGUUGCCCCCUCGGCCUUCCACCAUUUCAGGCCCAUAAGCCUAUGUAAUUACAUUUAUAAGAUAUUCUCGAAGGUGAUAGCGUCCAGAUUGGCAGCAGUCCUCCCCGGUCUUAUUUCCUCAGAGCAAGGCUGGCGUGCCACUCUCAUCAAGUACGUCCUGGGCAGCAUUCUGAUUCACACAAUGGCGGCCACCCCUAUGCUCGCAAGGUGCUUGUCAAAUAUGGAGAAGAGCUUUGCCAACUUCUUCUGGGGCUGGAAAAACGGUAAGAAAAAAUUACAUUGGACCAAUUGUAAGAUUGUGGCCCCGAUCACGGUAGGUGGCCUAGGCAUCAGGAGGUUGCGCGACAUGAUGAAGGCACUGAGAUUGAAGAUGGCAUGGGCGAUCUCUCAUGGUAACAGUAGUAGCAUUUGGGCGACGUAUAUGAGGGUGAGAUACGGAGUUCCCACCGCUACCGGCCACUACCACUCUCGCUCCAGGCAUAACCAAUCAGCGUACUCCCCUCUCUGGAACAACAUUCUAGCUUUGUUUCCUCUCCUGGCAGCCAACAUUUGA